AAUACACUUUGCAAUUCGCUAGCUUAUUCGAUCAUGGCAUCAUGACGUUACAAAUACGACUAUCUACAAUUGCUUUCGAAAAAGCACGAUUCUUUUACGCCCAAUACAGCUUCCUAUACACCCAUUUCCUGUUCUAAACGACUUAUAUACUCAAGUACAACAAGCUGGUCAUAUAUUAGAUGCUAUGGACCUUUCGAACUUUUUGAAUCCAGCGGAGGAGGGAAUACAAGAGGUGGAGGGAGGCUUAGAUGAGGACACAAUUCUACAGGAGGCGAUGGCUCCAUAUAUACAGGUUUCCGAUGCUCAAGAGGACGGGGAUGAGGAGCCCCAGCGUCCUGUGCUCACCACACAGAACGCUAUACAAGCCCUCCAAGUUCUGAUUGAGUUCUCAGAAUCUGAGAAUAGUGGCAUCACAGAUCCAGCACCAUUUUUGCGCUCUUUAGAGCGCGUGGAGAAGCAAUUAGUGGCCAAACAGGCCAAUGACUUGGGUCAAGGCACGUUGGAUGGAUGGAUGGUUUAGCUGAGGGGCUACUUCGGGUCUACUUCAGCACUUUAACUCGAUAUUACUAUAACUCGAGAUAUUUAUGCAUGACCAAUUACAUGGAC